CAGGAAGCUUCCCCCGGGCCCCAGCGGCAAGCGCUGAGCUGGGCCAGGCCUUUCCCUGUGCUCGCAGACAGAGGAGGGCACUGAGAGACAAGAGCCCCUGUUGCACGCUCCCUGACACCCCGGAAGGAGGCUCUGAGAAGUUGGCUGCCAGGAAUCACUUGUGUUGGGACAGUGAUAAAGGCCAAGAGAGAGAGGAAGAGAAAGCCAGACACCACGGACAGCCCACCUGGUGGGGACAGCAGCUUCUCCCUCUUGCCUUCCUUGGGAGGACUUGGUGGCACCAUGGUGGUGCGGCACAGCUCUGACAAGGGGAACGCUGGGGUGGGUGUGCCUCUGGAGCCCUUCCUGCACCAGGUUGGGGGCCACCUGAGUGUGCUGCAGUACGACGCCUACACAGUCUGUAAGCCCCUUGUCUCCCGGGAGCAGAAAUUCUAUGAGUCCCUGCCAUUGGCCAUGAGGUGCUUCACUCCGCAGUACAAAGGUACCAUCACUGUGCGUCUCCGGAGAGACAGCAGAGGCCAUCUUGGCCUGGUUGCCAACCCGCUGAAGGAGAACCUGGAGCCUUUCCAGGUCUCCUCAGAGUCCAAAGCAGUAGCUCUCUGGCAGACGCUUCAGCAGGCCACCAGCAGCGAGAGCAGCCCCCGCCCCCUCGCCCAGCUGGCUCGCUCACUGAAGGAGAGUGCAGCCAAGGUGCUCCUGAGGUCCGACUGCCACCCCAGUACCCAGGCCUCCCCGCUUGUGGAGAGAAAGGACUUCAACCCAUGGGGACUGCACUGUCACCAAGCCCACCUGACCCGUCUGUGCUCCCAGUACCCAGAGGACAAGCGGCACCGGUUCUUGCUGUUGGAAAAUGUGGUGUCACAGUACAAGCAGCCCUGCAUCUUGGAUCUGAAGAUGGGGACUCGGCAGCACGGGGAUGAUGCAUCCGAGGAGAAGAAGGCCCGUCACAUGAAGAAGUGCGCACAGAGCACUUCCGCCUGCCUGGGCGUGCGCAUCUGCGGCAUGCAGGUUUAUCAAACUGAUAAGAAGAGCUUUCUCUGCAAAGAUAAGUACUAUGGAAGGAGGCUCUCGGUGGAGGGAUUCAGGCAAGCUCUUUCUCAAUUCCUCCAUGACGGGGUCCGCCUCCGCACCGAGCUCCUGGAGCCCAUCCUGCGGAGGCUGCAGGCACUGCUCACUGUCAUCAGGAGCCAGAGUUCUUACCGCUUCUACUCCAGCUCCCUCCUCAUAAUCUAUGAUGGAGAGCCUCCCCAGGAAACUCCCCAGACCACCCAGGGCAGCACUUCCAACGACCCUACCAAAGUCGAUGUCCGGAUGAUUGACUUCGCUCACACGACAUACAAGGGCUCCUGGAAUGAGCACACCACCUACGAGGGACCAGAUCCUGGCUAUAUUUUUGGCCUAGAAAACCUCAUCGGGAUUCUGCGGGGUAUCCAAGAGGGAGAAUGAAGCUUCUUAGAACUUUCUGGAUUUUGUUUGUUCUGGGCUGCAGAAUUUUGCCAAGGGACCCAAGCUAGGGUAGUCUAGAUUCUGUGCCACCCCCCCCUUCCUCCUCUCCUCAUAGAUGUCUUUGUAAUAACAAUAUCUACCUUCAAAAGCCAUCUCUACACGUGGCAAGCGAUGCUGUCAGUUGCUACAGAAAUCUCUAUAGGCAGCCACCCCCCACCGGGCCGCUUGUGCAGUGCAGCUCAAAAAUGGCACCCUCAGUCAAGUACACAGGAGGGUGUAGCCUGGGUCAGAGGCCCACACUGCGGUGCCGCAGGGUGCCUGCAUUCCAGGCUGCUUCUCUGUAGUCAGGCCGAGGUCUUCGACUCCCAAAAACCCCACGAGGGAGAUGCCUUGAAGAAUAUUCUGCUUGUGUGGAUCAGCCCCUCCCCAGGCCGACAGAGCCAAUGCCUCCCCAUCCUACGACGAGUCAUAGGUGGGACAGGGAUGAGUGACCCCGAUCCCCGAGCUAAAUGUGAGGGGAAGGGUCCCUGCAGACUUCUCAGGGGGCCUAGUGGGACUAGCGAGUCCUCCACGCUGUGACCACGUGAAGUCCCUGACCUGAAGCUGCAGUUUCCAGAGGAGGCGGAGUGCACCCACAGAGGAGCCAAUGGCAUUUGGCUGUAUUCUCCACUUCUAUUUAUUUAUUAUUUUUGGGUGCGGGUGAGUAGGGGUUGGAAGCAGAGAACCUAGAAGACCAGGAUGAUGUUUACAAGGGUGGUGGACACAAGUAAAUAGGAAACCAGAGCAAACGGGUCUAAUGAAUUCCCUCCUCCUGCAGCAUUGAAACUUAUUACAAUGCCCUGGAGCCCAGUGCUGCGCUCUGCUCCCCAAUUAGGGAAAUAAAUUUGUUAAUAAAAUUGCUGAGGUCACCAGUCAUUACUGGUACGCCU